AACUCACUGGUUUCUCUUUGUUGUACAAAGCAGUUUCUUGGAUGCCCCAGUCAGGCCCUAGUGGGUGCCGUUUUGAAAGCUGUACAAAGGCCUACAAGUUGCAUAAUUUAGCCCCAGAUGCGCUGUGAACACCUCGUUUUAUUUUCCUGCUGCUUCUGUUGUUUCUUACAUUCAUUGAAGGAGUAAAUAUAAUCCAGAAAGAUGUCUCAGAGCCCAGAAGUCAUUGUCCCGAUGGCAGAUUGCAAUACAAAUGGGAUCCAGAAUCAGUCAACAAAACCCAGUACUGUCGCUUUUCGUAACAUCUGCUUCAGAGUGAAGACAAAGAGUGGAUUUAUAGGCUGUCGAAAAAUAGUUGAAAAAGAAAUUUUGAGAGAUAUCAAUGGCAUAAUGACACCAGGACUGAAUGCAAUUCUGGGACCAACAGGCAGUGGCAAAUCUUCAUUACUGGAUAUUUUAGCAGCACGGAAGGAUCCUCGUGGCUUAACUGGAGAUGUUUUCAUCAAUGGUGCCCCCCAGCCUGCCAAUUUUAAAUGCAUCUCUGGUUAUGUAGUACAGGAUGAUGUUGUGAUGGGGACUUUGACUGUGAGGGAAAACCUCCAGUUCUCAGCUGCACUCAGACUGCCAAAAACAGUAAAAGCUCACGAAAAAGAGGAGAGAAUCAACCAGAUCAUCAAGGAGCUGGGAUUGACAAAAGUGGCAGAUUCAAAGGUUGGAACUCAGUUCAUUCGUGGUAUAUCAGGAGGAGAGAGGAAAAGGACCAAUAUUGGAAUGGAGCUCAUUACUGACCCGGCCAUUUUGUUCUUAGACGAGCCAACCACUGGUCUUGAUGCCAGCACUGCCAAUGCUGUUUUGCUGCUCUUGAAAAGGAUGUGCAAGCAAGGGAAAACCAUUAUUUUUUCCAUCCAUCAACCACGCUACUCCAUCUUCAGGCUGUUUGAUAAGCUGACCUUGUUGGCUGCAGGAAGACUUUUGUAUCAUGGACCUGCUCAGAAUACCUUAGAAUACUUCAAGGCCAUUGGUUAUGAGUGUGAACCAUACAAUAACCCUGCUGACUUUUUCCUGGAUAUCAUUAAUGGAGACUCGACAGCUGUGGCUUCUCAUAAUGAAACUGACAAAGAUGGUACUCAAGAUCAGACACUGAUAGAGAAAUUGGUAGAGAAGUAUUGCGGUUCUUCUUACAAUCAAGAAACCAAAACAGAACUGGAAAAGUUGUCUUCAAAGGGCGAAACCAAAGGGAAAACUUUCCAAAAAAUCACUUAUUCCACUUCCUUCUUUCACCAAAUGAAGUGGGUCUCCAAACGGAUGUUCAAAAAUUUGAUAGGUAAUCCUCAAGCCUCCAUAGCACAGUUAUUGGUUACGAUUUUCCUGGGAUUAGUUGUGGGUGCCAUAUUCUUUGGUGUAACAAACGAUAGCAAAGGUCUGCAAAAUAGAAUUGGUGCCAUGUUCUUUAUGACUACUAACCAGUGUUUCAGCAGCAUCUCAGCAAUUGAACUCUUUGUGGUAGAGAAGAAAAUAUUUAUACAUGAAUAUAUCAGUGGAUACUAUCGAAUUUCUGCAUACUUCUUCUCAAAACUAAUGGCUGAUUUAAUACCCAUGAGGACUCUACCCAGCAUAAUUUUCACCUGCAUAGUUUAUUUCAUGCUAGGCCUGAAGCCCACUGUAGAGGCUUUCUUUAUAAUGAUGUUCACUCUGAUGAUGGUGUCAUACACUGCAACCUCUAUGGCCCUUGCUAUUGCUACAGGACAGAAUGUGGUGGCUGUUGCCAAUCUUCUGAUGACUAUCAGCUUUGUUUUUAUGAUUAUUUUCUCUGGGUUGUUGGUAAAUCUGACCAGUAUUCAGUCAUGGCUUUCUUGGCUCCAAUACUUCAGCAUCCCUCGAUAUGGCAUGACAGCAUUGCAGAUUAAUGAAUUUGUGGACCUUGACUUCUGCAAUUCCCAUACAAAUGAAAACUGGAUCACCUCCAAUUGCACAGAAGUUAGCACAAUUCAGCUGUGCACUGGAAAACAAUAUCUAGAAAGCCAAGGGAUUGAUGCAACUAAUUGGGGGUUAUGGCAGAACCACGUGGCAUUGGCUUGCAUGACUAUCAUUUUCCUCACUAUUUCUUACUUGAAGCUACAUUUUAUGAAAAAGUUCUCUUAAGUCAGUGAAGUUGUCAAGUGUCCAAUCCAGAAUAAUGUAAAGAGAAGAAUGAGGAAAAAAAGACUAUAGCUCUCCUAACUGUAUUCUUUUGAACUUUUCUUCCUGAUUAACCAUCUCACAAACAAGAAAAGCCUCAGCCUUCAGCCAAGAUGUUUGCCUUGAUAAUACCCUCAGAUAUUACUUGGUUGUGUGUCAAAAAGUCUGAAAAAUCAAAUGGCAGUUAUUUCCUGCUUACAAAUCUGGAGACUUCCUUUAAUACCGGUGGCAUUUAUUUUAUUUAUAUUUUAUUUGUUUCUGCAUACUCCUGACAUAACCCAUGCUGAUUCACAACAUUAAAUGAUAAUAAAAUUAUAUUUAAAAGAAUGGACCCAUCAAUAAAUAGCAAUAAAAUCAAUCGUAUCACAAACAAAAUUAAUCCUUGAUACAAAGAUAAAUAAACCUAGAAGGAAAUGCUACCAUUUAAAGAUUUCAGGUUAUUUUUCAAAUAAUUUAAUACAGUGGUACCUUGGUACUCAUUGUUAAAUGGCUUCAGGAGACGUGAUGAGUAUCAAAAAUUAUGAGUACCAAACAAUUUUUUCCCAUAAGGCAGCUGACACCAACAUUUUUUAGUUUGUGUGUUGAGUACCAAACAAACAUUGAGUACCAGGACAAAAUUUUCAUGUCAAAAUGCGUUGAGAACCAAAUUUGGCAUGAGUUUCAAAGCAGUUGAGUACCAAGGUACCACUGAAUGUGUUUAAUUCUUCCCCAGAUACUAAAUGGUUUGAAAUGCUUAAUUCCAGAUUAAUCAUAUUUCUCAACAAACAGGAUAGUAAGCAAUUCAUAGUCUGAAAUAUAAUCAUGAAGUGUAACCAAGCCAUUGGAGAUAAACCAGGACUGGUGACGGAUACUGCAAGAAAUACCAAAACUCUAUACUUUAUUGAUAAUGUUUAUUAUGAUUUAUUUUUAUUUAUCAUAUUUUUAAAUUGCCCAUCUCCCUCAUUGACUUUGGGCAAUGUACAGAUAAGAUGUAGCUAUAUUUAGACUAUAGCAAACCUGAAAUCUUGACAGCAAUUUUUUUGUUCUCUCUUUCAUCAAAGAGACUCUAGGCAAGGCAAUCUUUCUUAUACCUUCCUGUUUUCAUGUUUUCCUAAUGACUGCCAUAUAUUUUCUUCAGUGCUAACUCCAUACUGCUCUACAAUUGCACAAAAGGUUACUUAAAUAUCCAGUCCAAUUCAAACCUAUCCAAUCCAAUUCUUUAUUACAGAUCAGUGAUCCAGAUCAAGUCAGUCUUACUAAAUAAAACCUAGAGGAUACAACCCACAAAGUAGAACAUAUAAAAUAAAAUAAGGCUCAAAAGGUAACAAGAAUUACAAACAUGCUAGCAUUAUUUUGCUAUCAAAUUUUCUACAAAUGUUAUUAGUUGCCACACAAGUAUGGAAAGAUGACAUUUUUGUUUGUUAUUUACAGGCUGCAAAACAUUUCAGUUCUUUGUUAUGGAUUGUACUUUGUGUGCAAUGCAUAGAAUGAGAAUUACCCCUCUAUACACUGAAAACCUGUGAAUAUAUGGGAAAACAUUGAUAUAAAAAUGUACAUAGUAUGUUGGGAUAAUAGUCAGGUGGCUUCCAAUUCAAAUGAUCAUAUUAUCUAUAGGUAGAGCAUAAACGUUUUAUUCCAGUGCACUAUGCAUUUUUUCCAUGACUUUUUUGGAAGCCAGUGAUUGAAUUACCAUACCUUAAACUUAAAACAGUGAUAGCUGGGUGUUGGGACUUCCUAUGAAUAUAAAAGCACUGCAUGUGAACAUUUUGGUAACAACAAAUUAAGAAAUACCUGCUUUAUAUCAAAGUAUAUGAAGGGUGCCCAACAUUGAUGUCAAUAUAACAGGUACAAAUAGGUGGUUAAGCUGUCCCCCUUUUUAACAUGUAUAAGAUGCAUUUUUUUUCUUUUGCUCAAUCUUGUCCAAUUCUCAGAGAUUGCCUAGAAAAGUCAACAAUUUUCUUGGCAAGAUUUUUUUCAGAAGUGAUUUGCUAUUGUCUUCUUCCCAGGGUCGAGAGAAAGUGACUAGCCCAAAGUCACCCAGCUGGCUUGGUGUUCAGCACGAGACUAGAACUCAUGGUCCCUCGCAUUUCUAACCUGAUGCCUUAACCACUACACCAAACUGGCUUUUGUGAUGCAUAAAAUAAAUCACAUUCUGACAUUAUUGACAGCCCUGACAUAUGCCCCUGCCUCAUAUUAACACUGAUGUAAAGUGAUUAUUAAAAACGACUUCAUGGGUAGGUAAAAAUAAAUGUAAUUGAAUAUGCUUUAAGACUGAGAGAUAUAUUGAAACCUUUAAUGGAUUUUUAGCAUUUGGAAAGGACAAACCUAAUUGUGCCAUUGAUGAAUUUUACAUGAUAAUGGAAAUUUUAACUUCCUCAAUCUUCAGUUUUAUCACUAAGCAUAUGUUUUCUCUUCUAUUUUCUUUCUGGAAUUUAAAACUGAGGAAAUGAAAAUGAUAUGCCUAUGUUAACUUUUUAAUACUUUGGCAAUACUUUUGUUCUUCUGGACAAAAUUCAGUUAUAUUUCCAACACUGUAGGUAGCUAGGCAUAUAAAGAAAUAUGUUGUUGAUUCUUAUUUCAUGAAUUUUAUACCUUUAGGUUACUUUAUAAACUCGUGUAUCUAUGUAUGUAUAAAAGUUUGUGGAUUAAUAACAUUGCACUUUAGUUCAACUUAUUGUCAACAAAAUUUUUAAGCCAUCUGGGGUUUAUUAUUGCAAAAAGCAUUUGGAUUGUCUAAAAUUACAGAAACGCAAC